CUGUUUCCUGUCUCUGCACUGCUUUUUAUGGACUCUUUUCUCGGUGGAAACCAGCUCGAGGAGGACUUGUUGUACACCUCAGGAAUUCGACGCCAGAAACGGACGCGUCAGUGAACGCCGCAGCUAGCUAACGUCCGAACAUGCCGCAGCUAAACGGGGCAGACGGAGACGACUUGGGAGCGAACGAUGAACUUAUUGCGUUUAAAGACGAAGGGGAACAAGAGGAAAAGAGGAAUGUGUCCUCUGGACGGGACCUGGACGACGUGAAGUCCUCUCUGGUCAACGAGUCCGAGUCCAGCUCAGACUCAGAGGCAGACAGACGCCCCAGGACCAAUCCAGAUGCGGAGAGCAGGGCCAGGCAGAAUUAUCUGUUUCAGGAAGCCCUGCGGAGGCAGCAGGACGCGGGUCUCUUCCAACACUCCCCCUACGUUGGCUAUCCCUUCUUCAUGAUCCCGGACCUGGGGAACCUGUGCAACCCCUACCUCGCCAACGGAGCUCUCCCACCAAGUGCCAGGACGGGAGCCCAUGUGACCAUAAACGCCCGGGGAGAGGAUGACGUAGAACCGGAGGCCAUCUUGGAGAAAGUGUCCAAAGCGUCCGGAGCCAGCUUUAACUUCCAGAGACAGACAGACACACCGUACAGGGACGCUCCCAGGGGACCCGUGGGAUCCGUGUAUCGUAAAACCAACGCCGUGGCGGAGAUCCUACAAACCCAAAAGGACGACUUCUGGGUCCAGACUCAGGUUUCUGUUCAGAUUCAUCAGAGUAUGGUAGGGUAUGAUUUAUGA